AUGAAUUUGACAAAACAAAUUGGUCAAGAUCAACAAUUAACUGUUGGAUAUCGCGGAUUUUGCGUACCCGUCGACGUUGGAUGCCUUAAAAUUUCGGGUGGGUCGAGGAGAAUUAUGCGUGUGGCGUGCGCAUGCGCGGUGGUGUGCGCGUUGGUGGCGCUGUGCGCAGCCGCGGAGCUGGACGAGGAGUCGCGUGGCGCCGCCGAGCGGCAGCUGCUGGCGUUGCUGGGGCUACCCGCGCGCCCGGCACGCCGCCUUGCUCCAACUCCGUCAGUCCCGCGCGCGAUGCGACUGCUGUAUGAAACCGAUGGCGCCAUACCCGCCGCUGCCGCCAAUACAGCUCGCUCCUACCACCAUAUACCCACCGAGCUUGAUGCCCGAUUUCCAGGCGAACACAGAUUUCGCCUCUUCUUCAACUUGAGCGGAGUCCCAGGGGAUGAAAUCGCCCGUGGAGCUGAUUUGAAUUUCCAUCGAGCUGAUGGGGCGACCGGUGCCCAACGCUUGCUUAUAUAUGAUGUUGUGCGACCAGGUCGUAAAGGCAAAAGUGCACCAGUUCUGCGGCUUCUCGACUCAGUGCCGCUAAUAACAGCACAGGGCACGGUCACAGCAGAUGCCCUCGGUGCCGCACGCCGGUGGCUUAAGGAGCCUGAACACAAUCAUGGACUAUUAGUGCGUGUUUUAGAAGAAGGCCAACAUAAUGUAGAUGCUCGGCAACCUCACGUAAGAGUGCGUAGACGUGUUACGGAGGAGGAAGAAGAGUGGAACACGCGGCAACCGUUGUUGCUGCUGUAUACAGAAGAUGCACGAGCGCGGGCCGCUCGAGAGAGCGGUGCUACGCGAUUAGUGCGAAACAAACGCGCGACGCAACGACGGGGUCACCGCGCCCAUCAUCGUCGCAAGGAGGCGCGUGAAAUAUGUCAGAGACGACCGCUGUAUGUGGAUUUUGCAGAAGUCGGCUGGAGCGACUGGAUAGUCGCACCGCACGGCUACGAUGCGUACUACUGCCAAGGAGACUGUCCGUUCCCGUUAGCGGAUCAUCUGAACGGCACAAAUCACGCGAUCGUACAGACACUUGUGAAUUCAGUGAACCCUGCCGCGGUGCCUAAAGCGUGUUGCGUACCAACACAGCUCUCCCCUAUUUCCAUGUUAUAUAUGGACGAACACAAUAAUGUGGUGCUCAAAAACUAUCAGGACAUGAUGGUGACUGGGUGCGGAUGCCGAUGA